CAGCUCUCAUUGAGCGCAGUCGGACCCCGCAUUCCAAAAAAAAAUAAAAAAUAAAAAUCAGGAAAGAGCUCAUUGCACCAGGCGUUGAGCGGGCUUGUUGUUUCUAACAAACAGGCAACUCUCUCAGGCUCAGUGACUUACAACGGCAGGAGCACAGAUCAACUCCAUGUUCGAAAAAUUGCCUCUUACAUUGGUCAAACAGAUGUCCAUAUCCCUUUCUUGACCGUGAGAGAAACCUUGGAAUUCGCAAGUGCCUGCAAGUUUGGAAUACAAACCUUGAGCGGACCAGUACCAGAAGAGCUUUUUGCUUGGUUUGAUAAGGAUGAGAUUGCUUCAGGAGGCUUGAAAUUGGAGGUCACCUUGCAUCUCCUUGGCCUAAUGAGAGCCCAAAACACGAUUGUAGGAAAUGAGUUUGUUCGAGGAGUCAGUGGUGGAGAGCGCCGUCGCGUGACAACAGCAGAAAUGCUUGCAGGAACGAAUAGUGUUCUCUUUCUUGAUGAGAUCAGCACUGGGCUUGAUAGUUCAGCCACAUACGACAUUGUGCAUGCUCUUCGAACAAUGGCAAGAGUACGCGAUUAUACCAUGCUUCUCUCCCUUCUGCAGCCUGCACCAGAGGUUUUCAAUAUGUUUGAUCGAGUUAUCCUUUUGGAUUGUGGACGCAUUGUGUACCAAGGCCCACGUGAGGACGUUGUUCCGUACUUCUCCAAGCUUGGUUAUGAGAAGCCACCCCGUGUAGAUGUGGCUGAUUUCCUGCAAGAGGUUACAACAGAUGCAGGAUUGGCAUUCUUAAAAACUGGAUUUGAAGCCCUUGAUCUUGAUGGAUUUGUGGAGGCGUAUGAAUCAUCAGACAUCUACCAUGAUGUUUUACGUGUUGUCGACAAUCAACAGGUUGUAUGUGAGAUAUGGGUGGAAGAUGUGCAGCCUCUUGGCCUUCAACUAGCAGAUACCAUAAGCCAUGGGGCGCCUCAGAUUAUGGUUGAGAGGAUCGAGCCCUCUGGGACUUUAGCCAGGUGCAAUAUUGCUCAUACAAAAAGCGUAAGACAGGGCGACUUGCUGACUGCGUUAACAGGCCCUGAAGGAAUGUUGGAAUAUGUUGCCACCCCAGUACACCAAGGGGGGAGUACUGCCACUGCGGCUGAUGUUCAGCAAAGGGUAGUAAAAUCAGGAGGCAAGGGAGUAAGACUUCAGUUUGAGCGACGAAUUGAGACGAAAUCUUCGCCUCACCAUGACAACAUGAACGAGUACGUGCAGACUCCUUUGGAGUCAGUAAAGACUGUGUUUAAGCGGCAGUGGAAGGUUGCCAUACGUAAUAGGGCUUUCAUAACUGCAAGGAUGUUGCAAGUCAUCGUAUUGGGAGUCUUCACAGGCACGGUCUUCUAUCAAAUUCCAGAAGGAUUCAUGAACACUGACAUGGACCUAAAGCGGUCAAUUGCCUUUUUAGGCAUGCUUGCAAUGGCCCUUGGUGCAGUUGCACAAAUGCCAACUCAGAUAGAUCAGAGGGCGAUGGGAUGGGAUGGGAUGGGAUGGAGGGAGGGAGGGAGGGACGUAGGGAGGGAGGGCGGACGAACGGAGGGAGGGAGGGAGGGACGACCAGAUGGAGGGAGGGAUGGAUGGGCGGACGGAUGGAUGGAUGGAGGGAGGGAGGGAGCGAUGGACGGGUGGAGAGAGGGAGGGAGGGAGCGAUGGAGGGACAGAGGGAUGGAGGGACAGAGGGAUGGAGGGAGGAACGGAGCAACAGAGGGAUGGAGGGAGACAGAUGGGCGGGCGGAUGGAGGGACGGAGGGACAGAGGGACGGAGGGACGGAGGGACGGAGGGACAGACCGACAGAGGGACGAAUGGAGGGACGGAAGGAUGGAGGGACGGACGGAGUGGAGGGAUGGAGGGACGGAUGGAGGGAUGGAGGGACGGACGGAACCGACGGAGGGACGGAUGGAGGGACGGAUGGAGGGACGGAUGGAGGGACGGAGGGACGGAGGGACGGAGGGACGGAGGGAUGGAGGGACGGAUGGACGGAUGGAGGGAUGGAGGGACGGAGGGACGGACGUAGUGAGGGAUGGACGGAGGGAGGGAUGUAUGGAUGGAGGGAGGAGCGGCGGGAGGGAUGUAUGGAGGGACGGACGGCCGGGACGGAUGCAGGGAUGAACGGUGGGACGGAGGGUGGGAUGGAUGGGAUGACGGAGGGAUGGAGGGACAGAUGGAUGGAGGGACAAAUGGAUGGAGGGACGGAUGAAUGGAGGGACGGAUGGAUGGAGGGAUGGAGGGAUGGAGGUAUGGAGGGACGGACGGACCGAGGGACGGAUGGACCAAGCGACGGACAGAGCGAUGGAUGGACGGAUGGAGCGAGGGACGAAGGGACGGAGCAAGGGACGGACACACAGAGCAAGGGACGGAUGGCGGGGACAGACAGACGGACGGGCGGAUGGAUGGACGGACGACAGGAUGGACGGAGGGGCGGACAGACAGAUGGAUGGAGGGACAGAUGGACGGAUGGAUGGACAGACGGACGGAUGGAUGGACGGAUGGACGGAUGGACGGAUGGACGGAUGGAUGGAUGGACGGAUGGACGGAUGGACGAAUGGAUGGACGGACGGAUGGACGGCGACUUCAUUCACCCACGUGUGGUGAAGGAAGCCCGCUUACCCACGACAGGGUCUCCGACUCCCAUCUCCAUCACCCUAGGGGAUGAUAAGACCCAACGCUUCUUCGAUCUGACGGUCACCGACCUCCCUUUCUUCCUCACUCUCGAGCCAACUGAUUGUCCCCUGGCGUCUCGUCGCCACUGCUCCUCUGCACAUUUCGAUGUGAUGGAGACGGGUUACGAUUUCAUUCUCGGUACUCCGUGGUCUCGUCGGUUUCGCAACACCGAGGCUGAUUGUGCGACCAACACUCUCGUUCUCAGAACGAACUGUGGACAGACGUAUCGCGUACCUUUUAUAGGUACCACUGCGACACCACGCCCCGAUCCUCCUCCCCCGGAGCCUUCCGUGCCCACACCAUCUCCUACUAUCACCGUCACCUCGCCUCGGCAGUUCGCCCACUUCAUCCGACUGGACGACGUCACCUUCUUUACAGUGAAGGUUACGGAUCUCUUGCACUAUGAUCCACCUUUUCCAGACACCGAGCUCAUCUCUCUGGAGCUAGAUCCUCCUAUCUCUAUGGCUUCCAUCUCUACUUCCCUCCCUUCGUCGUUCGUUGAGUCCACCCCGCCGCCACGUGCUGACGCUGAUGCCGAGGAACUUGCACGCUAUAUGGCCGACCUGGAGCCCGCAGUUCGUGACCUCAUUCGAGAGUACCACGACGUUUUCCCAUCGUCGUUCUCGUACGCCAGCAUCCCAUCGAUGCGAGACGUCGAGCAUUCCAUCCAACUUGUGCCUUACUAUCGUGUUCACCACCAGGCACCCUACAGACUCUCGAUCCCCGAGGCCACCGAACUCGAGCGUCAGCUUGAGGAGCUCUUGAGACUGGGUUUCAUUAAACCUGCAACUCCCUGUGGGGUGCACCCGUCCUCUUUGCUCGCAAAGCGGAUGGAACUCAUCGAUUAUCGCGGGCUCAACCGCUACAGGGUUAAGAACAACUACCCCAUGCCUCCGGACCAGCGGAAGACAACGUUCCGAUCGCGCUUCGGCCACUAUGAAUGUAAGGUGAUGCCAUUCGGCCUCACCAACGCACCCGCUACCUUCCAGAGGGCGAUGAACGACAUCUUCAGGGACAUCCUGGAGCAAUACGUUCUCGUCUACCUCGACAAUAUCUUGACCUACAGUCGUACCCCUGAGGAGCAUCUUAAACACCUUCAUGGCGUCCUUGACCGCUUGCGCAGACAUAGCUUCUACGCCAAGCUGAAUGCACCCGACACGAGUUGUCCCGCGUUGGAUGAUUGGGUUGCACACAUGACGUCGAUCAUGAAGACCAUGCAUGAGCACAUAGCCGCUUCUCAGACUUGCAUGGCCGCACGUGCGAACCGAUCGAGGAUGGAUCAUCCAUUCAAAGUCAGUGAUGAUGUGCUUAUCGACGCCCGCCACUUACAGCUCGAAGCGGACACGCUUCACAAGUUCCGGCUUCGCUUCUUUGGCUCAUGCCUCAUUCUCCAGGUCGUCGGUUCUGAUACGGCAUCUAGCCCGGCCAACUUCCGUGUGAAGCUGCCCGACUACCUACACCAGGCUCGUGUGCACGAUGUCUACCACGUCUCGUUACUGCGUCCCUACCGCAGACCAUGUGAGCGUUUCGCUGGACGACCAUACAAGCGCCCUCCACCCAUCAUGAUGGACGACCAGGAGGAGUUAAUCGUUUCAGACAUCACUGGUCGCCGAGUCACCGACGACAACCCUCCUCAUGUCGAGUAUCUCGUACGUUGGAAGGGUUACCCUGAUGAGGAGGCUACUUGGGAGCCCCUCGAGCACUUGCAGCACGCUCGCAUGUUGGUGCGUGCCUAUGACCCUGCACGUCGUGAUGGGUUGACGGCUCCUCCUCAGCCCACUGACCCUCCUCCUUCUCCCUUGGUUGAGGAAACCGCUGAAGUCGAGCCUGCUCCAUCUGAGGCAGACCUUCAGCAGCAUCCGGAGGCUUUUAAGCUCCACACACAUUCUGAAUUCACCAUUUCCCUUUGGAACAAAGAGAACCCCAUGAUGGAACGCAAGGAUAAUGAGUCCGACGAAGACUACGAGGCCAGGCUGACCGACAUGAUGCUCGGGCUCAAGCAAAGAGCUGAUGCGGCACUUGGCGCUCAAGAGAAGAGAGAAAAGGAAGUCGAGGAGCAACAUCACCUUGCUGAAUUACAGCAGCAAGCACACGACGAUGCAGCACGAAAGACUGCAGAUGAAGCAAGACAAGCGCGCCGAAAUGCAUUAUUUGAGGAGGAGGUCGAAGUCUUGACCUUGGCCACCGACUGGGACACGUCGGCCAAGGAGGAGGGUUCCUCCGCGACCGUAUGCAAUUUUUUCGUGGUCAUCAAGAGAAUUAUGGACUUGGUAGCUAACUACAUGGCGCAGCAAGAGGGCAUCCUCACAUUGGACCAGCACAUGCAAACAUUGCUCGGUCGCGUUCACAUUCUGGAACACCGGCCUGUUGCAGCAGCAGCCGUUGGCCCCUCCAACAUUCCAGACCGCGUCAACAAAUUGGAGGCGGACAUGGGCACCCUGAAGGACACGGUGCGGCAGCAGCAAGCGACCAACCAGCAGUUGGAGCAGCAGAUUUGUGCAUCAGCUGUCAGUUCAGUCCCGUCAUCUCACGAGCGCAGAACCAAGUUUGAUGGCAUCUCGAUCUUCUGCGAUGCAUCGAAGACCGAGCUAGUUCAAUGGCGGCGCCAAUUCAACCUGCGUUUGGACUUUGCAAAGUAUUUUUCCAAGUUGGACUUGCAGUCGGGCUAUCAUCAGAUUCUGAUACGCCCGCAAGAUCGCUACAAAUCCGCGUUCAAGACGUGGUAUGAGCAUUUUGAUUGGAUUGUCAUGCCUUUAGGCCUCACCAAUGGCCCAACGACCUUCCAAGCGACAAUGACCAACAAGUUUCGCGCGAUGUUGGACCAGUUUGUGCUGGUCUACUUGGACGACAUUCCUGUAUAUAGCUGGACCUUCUUGGAUCGUGUGUUGGAGACGCUCCGUCGCGCCAAGUACAAAGCGGACCGCGACAAGUGCGAGUUCGUACGUCAAGAGUUAGAGUAUUUGGACCAUUUUGUCACACCGGAGGGCAUUAGUUCGUUAUCGGACAAGAUUCAAGUCGUCCAAGAGUGGUCGGAACCGAAGAAUGUCAUGGACGUCCGUUCGUUUCUCGACCUAGCCGGCUACUAUCAACGCUUUAUCAAAGGGUAUUCGAAGAUCGCGGCUAAUUUGACCAGGCUUCAAUGCGAGGACCUACCGUUUGUCUUCGAUGACGAUGCGCAGGCUUCCUUUUUGGCCCCCGCCUUGCUAUCCGCGGAGGUUUUACGCAUCUACGACCCAUUUUUGCCGACGCGCGUCACUACCGAUGCGUCCGGCUAUGGCAUUGGUGUCGUCCUCGAGCAACACAAUGGCGUGGACUGGCACCCUAUCGAGUACUUCAGUAAGAAAGUGCUUGCCGUGCAUUCAAUUGAUGACGCAUAGGAGUUAUUGGUCUUUGUACACAUGCUUAAGCGGUGGCGACAUUUUCUUCUCGGUCGAAGUCAAUUCUUA